AUGACCAACAACCCGGUCCAACACUCAAGAACCAAGCACAGUGACAUAAGGCAUUAUUUCAUUAGAGAUCAUGAACAAAAGGGUGAUAUAUGCAUUGAAAGUGUGGGCACCGAUGAUCAACUUGCCGAUAUCUUCACCAAGCCACUUGAUGAGAAGAGAAAAAAAAGGCGUCGAGAAAAGAAGUUGAAAGAAGCCUCGGGGAGGCACCGGACAGAGCACCGGAUAAUUGUUCUGUCCGGUGGUGCCUUGUCUGGUGGCUCGUUGCUCUCGGGCGUGAGCAGCGGUUUCGGGACAGAGCGAGACGGUGCCCGAACAAACGCGCGUAGAGUGCACCGGACAUGUCCGGUGACACGUCCCCCGUGUCCGGUGCCUAAUCCUAACGUCGCGCGAGAGAGACAGAGCGAGAGAGAGCACCGGACAUUUGUCCGGUGGCUCGAUUUUUUUUGUCCGGUGAGGCGUUGGACAGAGCCGUUGGCGCGCGAGAAGAAGGCACCGGACAUUUGUCCGGUGCAGGGCUGGUUUGUCCGGUGCAACGGCAACGGCUAG